AUGUCCAGUGACCACCUGAACAACAGCACACUGAAGGAGGCCCCGUUUAAAGACCUGUUCUUGAAAAAAGCGGAGCUGGAGUUUGCCCAGAUCAUCAUUAUCGUCGUGGUGGUCACGGUGAUGGUCGUGGUCAUCGUCUGCCUGCUAAAUCACUACAAAGUCUCCACACGGUCCUUCAUCAACCGCCCGAAUCAGAGCAGAAGGCAGGAGGACGGGCUACAGCCGGAAGGGCGCCUGUGGCCUUCAGGCAGCUCCGGGCCUCGGCCAGGGGCCUCAGAGAUCAUGUAUGCCCCGAGGUCCAGGGACAGGUUUACCGCCCCAUCCUUUAUCCAGAGGGACCGGUUCAGCCGUUUCCAGCCCACCUACCCCUACGUGCAGCACGAGAUCGACCUUCCUCCCACCAUCUCCCUGUCUGACGGGGAGGAGCCGCCUCCUUACCAGGGGCCCUGCGCCCUGCAGCUCAGGGACCCUGAACAGCAGAGGGAACUCAACCGAGAAUCUGUGCGGGCCCCGCCCAACCGAACCAUAUUCGACAGUGAUUUGAUAGACAUUUCCGUGUGCAGUGGGGGCCCGUGUCCGCCGAGCAGCAACUCAGGCAUAAGCGCCAGCACCCGCAGCAGUAACGGGAGGAUGGAGGGGCCGCCCCCGACGUACAGCGAGGUGAUGGGCCACUACCCGGGCGCCUCCUUCUUCCAUCACCAGCACAGCAGCGCGCACCGGGCGAGCAGACUGCCGUUUCAGCAGGACAGCUCGGGGGGCACAGUGCUGCCCCUCCAGGGCAAAGACAGGAAGCCCGGCAACCUUGUCUGACCCGCCCACGUGCGCAGGAGGAGGAAGAUGCCGAGGAGGGAGGAGGGCCGCGCUGCCUCCGCCCCCCCCCGCCGCCGGCACGGUGGUGGUCCGUCUCACCUGCUACAACGAAGUAAAACCAAAUGUGCAAACGUGGUCUUUGUUUCUGAUUCCUUUCAGGGGAAUUGCAUGCAGACUAGACUGAAAUAAUACAAACUUCCAUCCGGUCUGACCGCGAACAGUGUUUAUCUGGGGACAGGCGUCAGGACGGGGUGGGGGUGGGGGGCUGGUUUUGGCAAAGGGCGGGCUUGGGAACACAGAGAAAGGGAUGCUUGGAAGAGAUCAUGAAAUAAGACCCACAGAGGUAUUUGAUUUAUUUAAUUAUG